GCCCCUGGUGACCUCAGAAAGCUGGAACAACAGCAGGAUCAGCUGCUACUAGAUAUUUCAGAGGAGAAGUGCCACAAUCGAGAAGGUUCCAGUAAGAAGAAAACAAGCAGUCGCUGCAUCAGAGACUGAGAUAAAGAAAGGAGCGGACGAUAAACAUCUGCUUUCUCCACGUCCCGUUCAUAGUGAAAUCACAGCCAAAAGAGGAAAGGUUGGGGUUUAGUGUGCAAAAAGGAACCACACCCACUUGCAACCUCCCACAAAUCUCCCACUUCUCUGCAACCUCUUCUUCUCAGCAGAAGAUCCCUGUGCUCCUCGCCAGUCUCUCCCGUUCUCUCAGCCCGCCGUGACGCAGCCAUGGACCGCUCGACGCAGGAGCUGUUCCUCAACUUCAUGAUUGUCUUAAUCACCGUGCUGCUGAUGUGGCUGCUGGUGAAAGCUUACCAGGACUGAACCACAACGCGAGAAAGCGAGGAGAUGAAUAAGAGGCAGAGGGGAUGGAGAUCUAGGUGUGGAGGGAAGCCAGCAUGGGUUACUGUAGGACCUCAUGCAGACGCAGUGUUUACAAGCUUUCAUUCUUUUAGACUACGGUCAUUGGUCUGAUCCAGAGCUCUAGUAUUCAUUUGCAGUCAGAAACCAUGUGAUUGCUAAAGCCAGGGCAGAGCUCCAGAGACAAAACUAGUCUUGGAUCUGUACUUGUAUUAUGAGAUGUUGUUUGAAUGUGGCCUUGAAAUUCUGGCAAGAGCAAAAGCUUAAAUCGUUGUACAGAUGGGAUGGUGAAUAAAAAUAACUGAACUGA